AUGAUAGGAGCCCAACUUAACACAUUGGACACAAAGAACAAAACCAGCUUGGAAACAUAUCUUGACCUGGGAUUUGUCGCUGCAAACACUUUAAUUCUUCUGGCUACCUUUUUCGUUGGUAUUGCUGCUAAUGUUUUUGUCAUACUAGCUGUCUACAAGCAAAAGAGUCUUCAGACAUCCAACAACGCCUUGGUGGUGAACUUGGCGGUCAUAGAUUUUCUUAGAUGCGUCAUCGACUGCCCAGUUUUGCUGACGAUCGUUUCAAUGUUAAACCAGAAAGGCCAUGUAGAAACUAUAAUUUGUGAUAUGCAAGUAGUGUCUUUUUCCUUCAGCUGCUGUAUUCAGUUACUAACUUUAGCUUGUAUAAGUGUGGAGAGGUACCAGGCCAUUUCGCAGCCCUUCAAAAUCGCCCAAAGACGUAAGCGCAUUAUGGUGUGGAUCCCUCUAACGUGGAUAGUGGCCAUUGUGGUUGCCCUAUUUUGCUUGUUGUUCCUGAAAGACUCCCCUGUUUACGUCAGAUGCCAAGGAUUCGGGAAAGGAACACUUCAAAUAUCUUACGACACCUAUGGUCUCUACAUGGUUCUACCUCUGUGGGCGGCUUGUUUUAGCAUCAUUAUAGGUUUCUACACUCGCAUCUUCGUCCUGGUCAGAUCAUACAACAGAAAGAUUUUCGAUAAAGGCAUCACUCCUGUAGAGAAAAACAAUAAAGAGGAAACCAAGAAAAAGGAACUCAAUACUAUCCAAAUGGAACCUAUGGGGACUGAAGCAGCACAGAAAUCACCCAACAAAGAUACAGUGUCGGCUUUGUUGACCUCCAACCUCCCACAAUGCAUCUCUCCGGGUGCCGGGAAUGAAAAGGAAAACGCAUUGGAGGUAAUUGAAUUGGAACAGCCUUAUAAGAAAGCAAUACAGGAUGGAGGGAAAGUGUGUGAAAGUGAGAAGCCAAAGACUACAGGAACAGAUGGAGAUGCAAGGGAUGGGGUUAAAAGCUCAAACUCCAACUUGCAGCAAAUGUCGAACAACCUGAACUCGGAAAAUUCAAAAGAAAAAGCACAGAAUGACACACUCCGGGAAAAUAACCGUGACAUUCAGUCUGCUGCGCAAACAACCAACCAAGAGCCAGUUUCAGAUGUAAAGAUGAAAGCCAGUGAUAAUGCAACAGUGGAUGCAGUCUCUCCAGUGACAAAGACAGAGGUGGAGGAUCCAGCGCAGAAUAUAGAGGGGGCGGUGUGCAUGAUGCCCUCAAAGGCAAACCGAGAAAGGGCCAACAAGAAGAAGGAAAGCAAGAUGGCCAAACGUGCCGGCUACAUCAUCGUCACGUUUCUGCUCUUCUGGCUGCCAAUUAUCACCACCAUUAUUCUCAACUUUGCACUGCACGGAAAUAAGUAUAUUCAAAUUGCUGUGAUCCAUGACUUGGAGCUGCUGUCUGUCUCUGUGGCCUGCGUUACAUCCCUUAGUAACCCCAUCAUAUACGCUGCUGUCAACCCACAGUUUAGAGCCGAGUUUUACCGACUCCGAAACAAACUGAAGUCUAUGUAUCACACUGAAUCAUGA